ACUGCAUGCGUUAUUCGUGUCUUCCCAAACGCUUCUCUCCCCCUCCACUUUGCGCCCAAAAACCCAACUUCAGACGUUCCCCCACUCUCUCUCUCUCUACAUCUACCGAUUACUUUCUCUCUCUAAACCGAUUGAUCGGAGAACUGAUGGGAAGGAGAAGGGGCGCACCGGUUAACCAGCUGUUCGCAUGGGUUCGGAGGCAGUCGAUGAAGGUGAAGACCUUCUUGGCUGUCACGACCGUGCUCUGUUCACUGGUGGCUCUGAAGCUUCUGAUCGAAGAUCAGAACCACUUCUUCGUUGCCUCUGAAGCUAUUCACGCUGCUGGGAUCAUGGUCUUGAUCUACAAGCUCACCACUCAAAAGACAUGUUCUGGCCUUUCUCUGAAGACUCAAGAGCUCACAGCUAUAUUCCUUGCUGUAAGAUUAUAUUGUAGUUUUGUUAUGGAAGGUGACAUUCAUACUGUGCUUGAUUUUGCCGCUUUUGUCUCGACUGUGUGGGUUAUAUACAUGAUAAGAUUCAAGUUAAAGUCGACCUACAUAGCAGAGCUUGACAACUUGCCCAUAUACUAUAUGGUGGUGCCUGCUGCUGUUCUUGCCUUACUAAUUCACCCAUAUACACAUCAUGCACGUAUCAACCGAAUCCUUUGGGCAUUUUGUGUGUACUUGGAAUCUGUUUCGGUGCUGCCGCAGCUUCGUUUGAUGCAGAAUGCUAAGAUGGUUGAACCAUUUACAGCCCAUUAUGUAUUUGCAUUGGGUGUUGCAAGAUUCUUGGGAUGUGCUCACUGGAUCAUUCAGGUUUAUGAUACUGCUGGUAAGUAUCUGUUCUUGCUUGGAAGUGGAUACUUUUGGCUACCUAUGGUUCUCCUCUCAGAAAUUGUUCAAACAUUCAUCUUGGCUGAUUUCUGUUACUAUUAUAUCAAGAGUGUCAUGAGUGGCCAACUUCUAGUUACCCUGCCUCCUGUCUGAAAUUUUGAUUUUGAACUUUGGAGGAUGUAAUGCAUUUUGUUUACAGAUAUGGCUUCUAAAUUAUAAUCCUGUGGCAUCAUGUAAUACUCCUGUUUGCGAUGUUCGAAAAAUGCAGUUUCCUUUUUUAUCUUGUUAA